UCCUUCCUAUCCUCCAAACACUCUAAACAACUCCAACUGCCAUGUUUCGGUUAUUCAGUUACUCUCUCUCCCUCUUUAUCUUCUUCCUCAAAUUCCAGCCAUGCAUACCCACCAGAACAGUCCCCAAAAACACCGGAAUAUCAGAGAUAAUUGCAGCACCGAAAUGUGGUGCACCACCACCUGACAUGAGCUCAAAUACAUUGCAUGGCACGAAACAUUACGUGUAUUUCCCCGGAAAACCUCGGUGGGUCCCACGCACGAUGCCCAUGAGACUCACCUACGCUUUCUCGGCGGAGAACAUGAUCAGUUACUUGAGCUCGUCCGAUAUCCGAGACGCAUUUAAACGCUCUUUUGAUCGUUGGGCGUCGGUUAUUCCGGUGAGCUUCUUCGAGACAGAAGACUACGGCUUCUCGGAUAUCAAAAUAGGGUUUUACGCCGGGGACCACGGCGACGGAGAGCCUUUCGACGGUGUGCUUGGGAUUUUAGCCCACUCGUUUUCGCCGGAGACCGGGAGGCUCCACCUUGAUGCGGUGGAGACGUGGGCAGUGGACUUUAGGUCGGAGAAAUCGGCGGUGGCUGUCGAUUUAGAGUCCGUGGCGACUCAUGAGAUCGGGCAUUUGCUAGGGUUAGGGCAUAGUUUGGUGAAAGAGGCUGUGAUGUACCCGAGUUUGAAGCCUAGGGAAAAGAAGGUUGAUUUACAGGUUGAUGAUGUUGAAGGAGUGCAAGCUUUGUAUGGAUCGAACCCCAAUUAUACAUUCAGUGCUUUAUCAGAGUCAGAAUACAGUACUUCAACAAAUCUGGGCGUUGAUUUCAGGAGUAGACCAUCAAGAUGGGAAAAUUUCGUCUUUGUUUUGGUUAUCUGGUUGUGCAUUUACUUUUAGCAGUAAAACUUACUUGGUUUCUCCUGCUGGCUUUUGUUUUCAACUGGUAGCUACAACAUAACCUUCUUAAUUUUUCUUUUCUUGUUCGUUUUAUACACACUAAUUGAAGGGUUGGCCCUUAAUUUGUACUAGUGACUACCACGUCUGAAGGAGACUAGUCUAAUGAUACGUAUUUCUCAUCUACAUUGUUAUCUCUAUGUGAUUCCGACUUUUUUGUCUAUGAUUUGAUAUGUUUAAACUU